GUCUUCAAGUUACAGUAUAGUUCUGAAAUUCAACUAAAUUGUUCUUAAAAUGUGUAAUAAAUUCAUUGUGUUUUACACGGUAGUGUUCUCCGUAAAAACUGCUUUGUCUGGUGUUAACAUUGACAAUGGUUUGAAUUUUAAAAACACACAUCAAAUGUAUUUGAAUAACCGAAAUAAUGUACAAAAUGGUCAUAAUACAAAUAAACCUUUGGAUCCACCCAAUAUUUCAAGAAAUAUUAAUAAUCACGUCCCAAUUUUAACACAAUAUGAUCAGAAUAUGAAAGUUCCCUCACAAAAUCCGUCAUUAUUGCCAUUUCGACAACCAUUAAAUGUACCUAGGGGUCAAUUAUCAAGUGAACAUAUAUCAUUACCAAAUAAAAGAAUUGAAAAAUUUCAUAACAAUGGAAAUCAAUACACGGCAACAUUGCCAAGGAAAGAUAUUUUGAAGCACGAAGACAAUCGACCUAAUAAUCAUGCAGAAGACUUUAAAGUGACACCUUUUAUGCCUGUAGUCGAAGAUAAAAAUGUAGUAAGAACUAAAACUGAUCUUGUUAAAAACGAAAAUGUGAAAACAUUAAUUCCAUCAACACUGCAACCUGCGACAAAUGUUCCACAUGUUAAGAAGCAACUUUCAAAUAAACUAGCGCCCCAUAUUAAUAAGGGCCAAAGGUCUGUAAUAAACAAUGCCUUUAACCAUCAAAAAUCAGCGGCCAGUCAACAAACUGUACUUAAUCACGAAGGACACAUACAGCCACAACGAACGGUACAGAAACACAGAAAUAAUAUACAAACAAAUCAUUCCCCUCAAAAUAGACGUUUUACUGUUAUCCACGAUAAUGGGUCUGUCGAAUAUUUUGAAGAUUUAGAAACUAUAUUGAGAAAGUAUCCGCAUAUUAGAAUAGCAGACAAUAUUCGUAAACUGAUACCGAAUCAAAAACCUAAAAUUCCUCUAGCUACAGCACGUAACUCCGAUCCCAAUGCAAAUAUAAAAUUUAAUCGACCGCUGAACAUUUUGAAAAGCACACUUAAGCCAAAAAUAGAAAGUAACAUCCAACCGAAAAUUAUUCCACCAAUGAACAAAUCAAACUAUAAUUUUGGUUCUCUACAUACAACGACAAAAAUACCAGUUACAGUAGAUAGUGAAAAAUCGCAAAAGCUACAAACUCCAACCAAAGAACCUAUAAAACUUAAGAACAAUAUUUUAAUUACGCCCACGAAUUCACAGGAAUACAAAGUGAAGAAUCAAGAAGAUACUCUGACAACAAAAUCCAGUGAUAUUUCUGUGACGAAUAAUAAAACACCACUUAAAAACCUGACAGCGAUUGAUGGUAACAGGCAAAAACCACCUAUCGACCUGAUAUUGAACAGUGAUCAAAAGUUACAUCAAGAAAAUAAAGCUAACAUGUCAACGGUGAUUUCAAACCACGAGAAUAGUCAAAAAGUUACUAGUAAACUUGAAAAAGAUGAUGAUUUACAUUUGAAUGAUUCUAAAGAAGUAGUAUCUUCUAUAGUCUUACAAAAUAAAACGAACAUCAAAACUGAUAAUAUCACAUCUGAAAAUAAACCGGAAAUCGUAAACAAUAAUUCUUCAUUGAAUCAUGACAGGGUAGAAAGUGAAACACAACCGAAUUGUACGAAAACAAAUGAAUUUAAAAACCAAUUGAAAACUAACAAUAAUGUAAAAAUUCUGAAAGAUACCGAAGAAACGGAUGAAGAUUAUGAUGAAGAUUUCUUGUCCCUUGCUAAGCCAUUAAUGUGGUUUAGUACAACAGAUCCUGACUUUUGGAAGAAGCUAGUCAGUGAUGACAAUCCUAAUUUUCUUUACAUCAUCAACGUUCAGUCACAGCCUAAAAUUGAAAAGGACAGAAAAACUACAAUACAUGCUAACGGAACCAUUGUUGAAGAAAUCACAGAAACUAUUUGGAAUGCAGGCGACGAUGAGCGACCGAAAACUACAAAAACCAUAAAAGUGACUCCUGCGAAAGCUGUUAACGACGGAAUUUAA